GUUGGAAGCGAAAGGGAGGGGGAACCCGAAUACAAGCAUUCGGUGUAACACAAGAGGAGACAAUUGAGUUUGAUAUAGCUUCAAAAAAGGAAUAUAUCAGACGUAAAACCAACUUUAUCAAAAUAACUUUGUUACACAGAAAACACAGGACUUUGUGUAGUCGUUGACUGUCCUCUAUCUGUCAUUACUACAGGCAAUUUAGCCUUGUUUAUAUUGUAAGGGAGGCCCAAUCUGCUGCGGGAAGCGGACGCCUUCGGAGUGUUGUUGAGUGGUUCGGUCUUUUCGCGCACCUAGGAAUAUGAAACAGAUGCCACAAUGACAUCGAGAUUUGGUAAAACCUACAGCCGUAAGGGCGGCGAUGGAUCAUCAUCCAAGUUUGACGAGGUCCUGUCCAACAAGAGAGCCACGCUCAGCACCAAAUGGGGCGAGACGACAUACAAGGCCAAGGUGAGCUCCAAGCGCCCCGGCCAGAGGAGUGAGGUGGCAGAGCAGCCCAAGAGGCCCAAACUCUCAGACGAGAUCUCUGAGGACCCCUUUGGCUUUGACAGCGAUGAUGAGUCUAAGACGGUCACCUCUCGCUUCCCACACGCCAAAGCCUCCCCAGCCAAGCCGGCAUCAGCAGAGCCGCCUCAGGCAGGGAGGCCAGGAAUCUGCCUGGAGUCCAGGAGCAGCCAGCAGAGCAGCCUUGUUCCCAGUAAAGCUACCUCUAGCAUGGGUAGUGACAGAAGCCAAUUGAGGGUCACAGAGGACACAGCCAGGUUCUUCAACACCACCACAACAGCCAAGCCAAGCCAACCCUGCUGGUCCAGCGAGGGUGCGACUGUGGAGAAACACAGCUAUUCAUGGUACUGCAACGCCUCGGAAAGCGACAAGAAGCCUAUUGCGCAGACCACCACCCUAAAGAGCGAGGCCAAGGACUCUUACGACAACUGGGACGCAGUGAUGGGUCUGGGGCCCACCUCCCCCACCCCAGAGCCCCCCAGAAGCCCCCCUUCGUCAAUGUGGAGUGGCGAGUGGGGCUAUGGUCUCGGUCUGGCCAGGCAGGACAAGACCUCCCCAGAGCCCACUCCCAGUGACRUUGUGGGCCUGGGGGACUUCGAGAUCCCGAUCGAGCCCUCCGAGUCCCAGGAAUACUCCCAGUCUCUGCUCAGGGUCAGCACCCAYUGCCGGACAUACCGCCGGCCCAACAAAGGCAAGCAGGCCGGGGACUCUAACAGUACCAGUAGUACUAGCACCAGUACAGCCUUCAGUAGUGGGCCUGGAUCUGGCCCUCUCGAGACCAACAAUACAGAGAACAGCAGCAAGCCGGCGGGCCGUGGGCGGACGAGAGACUUCACAGUGCUUCACCCGUCCUGCUUGUCGGUGUUUAACGUCACCAUUCAGGACAGGGUCAUGGAGGAAUACACCCCCGCUGCCGCCGUUGCUGCCCCCCUGACAGACCAGGGAGAGACUGGCCGUCUGAGGAAGAAGACCGAACCAGCACCAGCUAAACCCACCAGGUUCAGACCCACACAGAGCAAGACCAAGAAAGACACCAAGUUGGACUUUUUUGGCUUUGAGGAAAAUGAAGCGGGCCGUGGUGCCACCCAGGAGGAAGCCAGUUCCGACCCAGUGGCAUCCGGCAGCUCCAACUACAAGAUCAAGUAUUUUGGCUUUGAYGAUAUGAGUGGCAGCGACAGCGACGAAGACGAGGGCUCCCAGGCCAAAGAGAGGAGGAAGGCUAAGAGGGCCGCCGCGGCUGCAGCCACAGCUUAUGCUGCCUCCGCUGCUGCCAUGGAGAUGAGGGUGGACAGCCCCCUGUCCGCCAGCGAGGAGCUGGAGAGUCAGACCAGCAGCCACUCAGAUGUGAUGGACUUCCCAGAGGACAACUCUGCCUCUGUGGGCCUAGAGAUGCCCAGGAGACCUCAGGCAAAACAGGUGGAGAAAUCCAAGGAGACCAAUAGGAAGAUCUUCAGUGGCCCCAAAAAGUCUCCCACUAAAGCUGUGUACAACGCCAGACACUGGAACAGAGAGCCAGAGGAGCUGCCCCCGCCACCUUUACUCCGUUCAACCACUGCACCCGCUAGCCAGUCAAGCAGGGGCAGCAAGGACUCUGCUAACUCUCACAAAGACGAUGGCCUGUUCAAGGCGCCGCCAUGCCCGCCUCCCAAAGUCAUCAAGUCUGUGUCGUUCCCCACUGAGCCUUACCAGGACAUCGUCACCGCACUGAAAUGUAGGAAAGAGCACAAGGAGCUAUACACAGUAGUCCAGCAUGUCAAGCACUUCAACGACGUGGUGGAGUUUGGGGAGAACCAGGAGUUCACCGACGACUUCGAGUACCUGGCCACCGGCCUGAAGAGUGGCCAGCCCCUCAACACACGCUGCCUUAGUGUCAUUAGCCUGGCCACCAGGUGUGCCAUGCCCAGCUUCAGAAUGCAUCUGAGGGCCAGGGGGAAGGUGGCCCAGGUCUUCAAGACACUCAACGACGCCCCACAGCAUCCGAACCUGUCCCUGUGCACAGCUAGUUUGAUGUACAUACUGAGCCGAGACAGACUCAACAUGGACCUGGACCGGGCCAGUCUAGACCUGAUGAUCCGCCUGCUGGAGCUGGAUGGGGACCACUCAGUGGCCAAAGACGACCAGCUCACCACCAAGGAGAUGUCAAAGGUCAAGGAGAAGAUCCGCAAGCUGUGCGACACGGUGCACAACAAGCACCUGGACCUGGAGAACAUCACGACUGGGCAUUUAGCCAUGGAGACCUUGUUAUCGCUGACCUCCAAGCGGGCCGGGGACUGGUUUAAAGAGGAGCUAAGACUUCUGGGAGGCCUGGACCACAUAGUGGAUAAAGUAAAAGAAUGUGUGGAGAACCUGAGCCACGAGGAUGACGAGGAGAAGCUGAUGGCGUCACUGUGGGGAGCCGAGAGGUGUCUACGGGUGUUGGAGAGCGUAACUGUUCACAACCCAGAGAACCAGGGCUACCUGAUCGCUUAUAAGGACUCCCAGCUUAUCUGCUCUUCAGCCAAGGCCCUGUGGCACUGUGAGGAGAUGAUCCAGCGCUAUAGCCGGGAGAUGGGAGUGAACAGCGCCUUGUGUUUGGCGGGCACCGCCCUGCCCUACGCCAGCCACAGCAACGUGGGCAAAGCCUUGGAGGACUGCAUGAGGGCCAUCAUCGGCGUGCUGCUAAAUCUCACCCACGACAAUGAAUGGGGAAGCACGAAGACAGGCGAACAGGAGGACAUGAUGAUGACAUCGUUGAACUGUGUGCUCCGGGUCCCACAGUACCUUCCUCAGGAGAGGAGGUUCGACAUUCGUGUACUGGGGCUGGGCCUGCUGAUCAACCUGGUGGAGUACAGUGCCAGGAACCGCUACUGCCUGGUGGAGAUGGCGAUGGAUGGAGGAGCUCCCUUCAACUCUGUCCUGGUGGCUGACAAAGAGGAGCUCAAGACAGAAGGAUCGCUCACUGCCAUCGCUGCCCUGGUGCAGCUCUUCCUCCAGCGGGAGCAAGCGGCCAUAGCGGCAGAGGCGGAGACGGAUGACUUCAUCAACGAUGUGCCCAAGCCCAAGCUGGACCAGAGCGGCGAGUGGCAAGAGUCRGGUGGCGAGAUCCAAUGGGUGGCCUCAGAGAACAACAUCGCCAACGCCGUCAGCGAGAAAGAGAAGGCCAAGAAAGAGGAAGAGAACGAGGAGAUAGACCUUACCAAAGCUCUUCAGCAUGCUGGGAAGCACAUGGAGGACAGCAUAGUGGCCUCCUACACAGCACUGCUACUGGGCUGUCUCUGUCAGGGGAGUCCGAUGAAUGUGACUACUGUGAGGGAAAGCCUGCCCAAAGGAGAUUUCUCAAUAAUGACAGAAAUGCUCAAGAAAUUCCUCAAUUUCAUGAAUCUUACAUGUGAUGUGGGCACCGCAGGGCAGAAGUCCAUCUCUCGGGUCAUUGACUAUCUAGAGCACUGUUAGAGAGGCCUGGCUCUGCAGAAAGGGCCCACGCU